AAAAUAAAGGAUACUUUGGAAAAAGCAUCACUUUUGAAGAACCUUAUAUUUGUGUUGGUUCUUGUGGGAGCUUCCAUGAUUAUUGGAGAUGGUAUUCUAACCCCAGCAAUAUCAGUGAUGUCUGCCAUAAGUGGUCUGCAGGAUCAAAUAAAUGGAUUUGGUACUGGUGAAGUGGUUGGUAUUUCUAUUGUAGUCCUAAUGGCUUUGUUCAGCAUACAACGGUUUGGUACCGGUAAAGUGGGUUUCUUGUUUGCCCCUAUACUUGCCUUAUGGUUCUUUUCUCUGGGUUCUAUUGGAGUAUAUAAUAUACUUAAGUAUGAUAUCACUGUUCUGAGAGCAUUCAAUCCAGCUUAUAUCUAUUUUUUCUUCAAGAGAAAUGGUAAAGCUGCAUGGUCAUCUCUUGGUGGUUGCGUUCUGUGCAUUACAGGUGCGGAAGCAAUGUUUGCAGAUUUGGGUCAUUUUUCUGUACCCGCAAUACAGAUUGCCUUCACAUGCGUGGUAUUUCCCUGUCUCCUCCUUGCUUAUAUGGGCCAAGCGGCUUUUUUGACAAAGAACCCAAGUUCUUAUUCAAGCGUAUUCUACAAGUCUGUUCCAGAGAGUCUGUUCUGGCCAGUGUUUGUGAUAGCCACACUUGCUGCUAUGAUUGCCAGCCAAGCAAUGAUAUCUGCUACGUUUUCGUGCAUAAAGCAAUCUAUGGCUUUGGGAUGCUUCCCCAGGCUGAAGAUAAUUCACACCUCAAAAAAGUUCAUGGGUCAAAUUUAUAUCCCCGUAGUUAAUUGGUUUCUGAUGAUCAUGUGCAUAGUUGUGGUUUCCAUAUUUCAAAGCACAACUGAUAUUGCGAAUGCAUAUGGCAUUGCUGAAGUUGGUGUCAUGAUGGUCAGCACCAUCUUGGUGACCCUUGUAAUGGUUUUAAUUUGGCAGACUAACUUGCUUUUGGCAUUGUGUUUCUGUCUUGGAUUUGGUUCAGUGGAGUUAAUUUACAUGUCUUCUGUCCUAUCCAAAAUCUUUGAGGGUGGCUGGCUUCCACUUGCCUUUGCUACCCUUUUCCUAUCUGUGAUGUACACUUGGAACUAUGGUAGUGUAUUGAAGUACCGAAGUGAAGUUAGAGAGAAGGUUUCAGUGGACACAAUGCUUGAGCUUGGCUCCAAUCUCGGAACAGUAAGAGUGCCAGGUGUAGGAUUGCUGUAUAACGAGCUUGUGCAGGGCAUUCCCUCCAUUUUUUUGCAGUUCUUGCUGAACCUUCCAGCUCUUCACUCAACUAUAGUUUUUGUCUGCAUUAAAUAUGUCCCAAUCCCAGUGGUUCCUCAAGAAGAAAGAUUUCUAUUUCGAAGAGUUUGCCCCAAAGAUUACCACAUAUUCCGGUGUGUUGCCAGAUAUGGUUACAAAGAUGUAAGGAAGGAAGAUCACCAAGCAUUUGAGCAACUUCUUAUUGAGAGUCUUGAGAAAUUCUUGAGAAGAGAAGCUCUUGAGACAGCCUUGGAGUUGGAGGGCAACUUAACUGAUGAGUUGGACAGUGUCUCAGCAAAUACAAGAGAAUCUGAUCUUCCUGUUGGUACUGGUGCUGAUGAGCUUAGGAUUCCACUGAUGCAUGAUCAGAAAUUAGAAGAAACAGGAACUUCUUCAGCAUUGCCAUCUAGUUACAUGUCCUCAGAUGAUGAUCCUGGUCUUGAAUAUGAGCUUUCAGCUCUUAGAGAAGCAACAGAAUCAGGAUUCACCUAUUUGCUUGGACAUGGAGAUGUGAGGGCAAAGAAGAACUCUUUUUUCUUUAAGAAACUAGUGAUAAAUUAUUUCUACACAUUUCUCAGAAAUAACUGCAGAGGAGGUACAGCAAACAUGAGAGUACCUCACACCAAUAUCAUUCAAGUUGGAAUGACAUAUAUGGUCUGACACGGCCAUGUUCUUUUCAUAUUGUGCAAUGCACCCUCAGGUCUGGAACUCAUUGUUAUUGGUAUUUUCUUUUUCUGUCAGUUUUCUUACUGUAUGUGCUGGCUCACAAUAGCAGUUGGUCGUUAGAAAAGCCAGCGUGUGGGAUAUAGCCAAGGUGGUUCACAUAUGAAGCUGUUUCAGAAUCUGUACUUCUUUAAUUGUUUCGUUUUUCGAUUCAUAAUGUGAAGUAUUAGUUCAUUAAUUUAUAUGGGCCAAACUAGUGAAAUUUGAAUGAUGAAAACAAUGUUAAAUAUUA